GUUCUGCGACAAAAUAGGGUUUUACGUUUCUGAACACUUUUUCCAUCUCUAAGAACACGAAUCAGUGAUCAACAAGAGCACCGAAAAUGUCUCUGGCGCAACGUUACGGCAAAGUUAAAAGCAUAGUGAAGCGAUCGAAAAAGUACAUAGAUGAAGCGCUUUACUUGAAGCUCUUCAAAGACGGUGGUUCUGAACUCAAUGUUCGUCAACAACUCAACCAGUUCAUCAAGAGUGGAAAGCGCGUUUACAAAUGGGAGGUCGGCGAUACCCUCAAGAAGCUUCGCCAACGCAAACUCUAUCAACCUGCUCUCAAGCUAUCAGAAACCAUGGCGAAGAGGAAUAUGAUUAAGACCAUUAGUGACCAAGCUAUACAUAUUGAUUUGGUUGCAAAAGCUAGAGGUAUUACUGCUGCUGAAAGUUAUUUUGUCAAUCUCCCCGAGUCUACCAAAAAUCAUCUCUGUUAUGGUGCACUUCUUAACUGCUACUGCAAGGAAUUGCUGGCUGAUAAAGCUGAAGGUGUUGUCGAAAAAAUGAAGGAUCUCGGCUUUCCUUUGAGUUCAAUGUCUUACAACAGCCUUAUGACUCUUUAUACGAAAGUUGGUGAACCGGAGAAAAUUCCUUCCAUCAUUCAAGAAUUGAAGGCUAGCAAUAUCAUGCCGGAUUCUUACACGUAUAAUAUUUGGAUGAGAGCUCUUGCUGCUGUUAAUGACAUUUCUGGUGUUGAAAGGGUUAUUGAUGAGAUGAAGAGGGACGGUCGAGUAACGGGAGAUUGGACAACUUAUAGCAACCUCGCAUCUAUUUAUGUUGAUGCUGGCUUGUUUGAGAAGGCCGAAGGGGCUCUUAAGGAAUUGGAGAAGAGGAAUGCUCACAAAGAUCUUUCUGCUUACCAAUUUCUGAUUACAUUGUAUGGGCGAAUAGGCAAAGUGUACGAGGUUUACAGGGUCUGGCGUUCUCUUAGGUUGGCAUUUCCUAAAACUGCAAACAUAAGCUAUUUGAAUAUGAUUCAGGUUUUGGUUAACUUGAAAGAUCUCCCGGGAGCUGAAAAGUGUUUCCGUGAGUGGGAAUCGAGCUGCACUACUUUUGAUAUUCGAGUUGCAAAUGCUCUGAUAGGGGCAUACACAAAAUUAGACAUGUUGGAGAAGGCUGAAGAGCUAAAGGAACGCUUCCGGAGGAGGGGGGCCAAGCCUAAUGCCAAAACAUGGGAAAUAUUUUUGGACUACCAUUUACGAAAAGGUGAGUUUAAGUUGGCGGUUGAUUGUUUAUCUGAAGCAAUAUCAAUUGGUAGAGGGAAUGGUGAGAAGUGGGUUCCAUCAACCGAGACAAUUGGUAUUAUGAUGAAGCACUAUGAACAAGAGAAGGAUGUUGAUGGUGCAGAAGAAUAUAUAGAGAUCUUGAAGAAAUCUGUGGAUUCUGUAGGGGUAGAGGUGUUUGAAUCAUUGAUUAGAACUUAUGCAGCUGCUGGUAGGACUAGUUCUGCUAUGCAACGGAGAUUGAAGAUGGAGAAUGUGAAUGUGAACGAAGACAUCAAGAAGUUGCUCGAGGCUAUCACUGUUGAGUGAUUCAUGGCAUAAAAUGUAAUUCAAUGGUAGCACUCUACUGGAAAAUGACCAUGACAUAUUAACCUAUGGAAGAAGAAGAAAGGGUGGUUUUGGAACUGAUCAUGAAUGUGAAAUGAUGUUACUAUCUUCUAAGGGGAGCCAGUGGCAGUACAGCCAUUUCUUGAAAUACAGAAGAUUCCAGAUCCAAAACCUUCCUGUAGUUGUUUGGGAGGGAUAGAGAUGAUGCAAAAUCUUUUCUUUGGAAAGUGUUGGGGCUGCAAUGACGGUACUGAAUACUCCAUAUCAGUAGUGCCCUUUGUAUUAUUACCAAAUAUAUAAUAAAGUAAAUUAUGUAGAAAUGGAUAAUCCUUUGUAUUAUUACCAAAAAUAUAAUAAAGUAAAUUAUGUAGAAAUGGA